CAUCUUGCUUAUAUCCAUCCACCUUCUGAUUGAAGCAGUAAGGGCGGCGGUGAUAGGGGGUAUAAAUGUGUGUGUGUGCGAAUGCGUGUGCGUCUGAAGGGUUUCGGACUGGAGAUGCAUAAAGAAAGGGCAGUUUCGAGGAAGUGACGGACGACGCUCAGUGGUCUGGUCAGAGGAAGUUUGUUCGAUGCGCCGUGCUGUUGAAAGAAACUUUUCACUCCAGUGAACGCCAGAAGCACCCGUGGAUCGGGUCGGACGGAUCCGGCGGCGGAGGGAGCUUUUGUUUCCCCUUCACACUUAGCAGCACUGAGAAAUAACUUGAGGUCGGGAGAAAGAGGGGCUCGCACAGGAAUUUCACUCCCAUAACCGACCCCCCUCCCCUUUUUCCUUCUUUUCCCCGCGCCUCCUUUGAUUUCUUUCUGGGAUCCGCGAUGGGAAAGGAGCAGGAGCUUCUUGAAGCGGCGCGCACGGGAAACCUGGCUGCCGUGGAGAAGCUUUUAUCCGGGAAGCGACAGUCCGCUGGCGGAUCGUCUGGGACCGGUGGAAGCGGCAACAGCGGUGGCUACGGCGCCUCCUCUCAUCCGCUCUCCAGUCUGCUCAGUAUCUGGAGAGGCCCCAAUGUGAAUUGCGUGGACAGCACUGGAUACACCCCUCUUCACCACGCAGCCCUUAAUGGACACAGCGAGGUGGUGGAGGUGCUGCUAAGAAACGAGGCUCUGACUAACAUCGCAGACAACAAGGGCUGCUAUCCUCUCCAUCUGGCUGCGUGGAAGGGAGACGAGCACAUCGUAAAGCUUCUCAUUCACCAAGGACCUUCACACCCCAAACUCAACGAGCAGAGCUCUGUAGACCAUAAAGAGUUCAAACGCUGUGGGCCCUUUGACCCCUAUAUUAAUGCCAAGGUGUGUACACAGUGCUGCCAAAACUUUUCCUUUAAACCGCCUUCUUUGCUUUAAUGCUGUGUUGGCUUUCUGUGCUUGGGUGUGUUUGUCGCCGUUGCUUGUGGGGUCACUCUGCUGUAGAGAUAUGGGGAGGCUUUUAAUUUCGCUGCUAUCAGUCAAUCUCUGCUCUCAUGCUUUCUCCACAUGUUGUGCUCUCCAGUUAUAUUGAGAUGUUAUGUUUACCACGGGGGAUUCUGUUGUACUACCCUCUUGAUCAUGAUUGUGAAUACAUAAGGUGUUGUAUUAAAAUGCCCUUGAAAGUUUAGUAAAUGACUGUCUUCCAGGGGACGCUGUAGGUCAUUUGAGUCUUUUUCCAGUGGGUAAGAAAAACCUGAUUUAAAUACUGUAAAGUUGUUGGCAACACAGAGUCAGCUGUAGAGGAUUAUACUGGAAGGAUACGCACACCCCACCAUCAAUUAAGCUAUUAUAAUCAUUACGGUAUUACUCCAAUCUUUCAAAGGCUGAAAGUUGUAUGAGAUAAAGAAGGUCUUCUGUGAAAUCUUCCACUGGCUUUCGAUGGAUUAGCACAAAUUCCGGUUUUCAUGGUUCCCAGACAAUACAAUAAAGUACGAUGACUUUUUUUCCUAAGGGGCCAACGUGAGAUUGAGAUUUUUGUUGUCAGAGAUAAAUGUCUUAACAGAUGGAAGAUAGCAACACUGGUUACAGGGAUUUUUAUCUCCUUGAAGAGAAACAGAAACUUUGAUCCCUGUGUGUUUUUUUGUUUGCGUUUUUGUUUUUUAAUCCAUUGCCGCCGUGAAGCAAUAAUUUUCUGUUUCAUUUUAUGAUCAGAUAACGGAAAAACAAACUGCAGUAUUUUGUGUGUAAUGCUAAUCAGCAGGAAUUAGCAUUAUAGCAUGCUGACUUAAAUGCUUUUACAUGACAGAUGUGGAAAAAGUACAUUGACUAUAUAAGAAUGAAUAUAAUCCAUCCAUGUUGAUGUAUAAAUUGACUGUUACUGAAAUGAAUUCACCUGGGAAGAUUGAAUCAAAUCACUUGACAUGUCAAAACUACAGUAUAUUUUAAUCUGCUGUUAAUACAUUUCACGAAGGAUAGACACAUACUAGUCUUUUAUGUACAGAUCAUAUGUAACAGAGAUUCACGUGAAGUAACUACUUGCUGUAGUACCUGCUAUAUUCCACCAGGCGCAACCCUAUAGCACUCAGCUACCCAGAGAAGCCCCAGUCACAGCCUUUCUAUGUGUGUGCAGAGUGCUCAGCUGGCAGUGUCAUCCUCACAGUUAGUGCAGUGUACAGGGUGAACAUGCUGGUCGCUCCAUGAUUUGAUUUUCUGCAGGCAGGCCAGUAGAUAAAGCUGCACACUAUUUUAGUACAUUGUCACGUUUCCCCUGGACUAAUCUUCUUAGCAUUUGGAUGGGAAGGCUGGCUUUCUUUAGUGCUGAUAUACAGUACAUCAGAGCAUGUAUUCUGUGCAUUAGUUCUAAUGCUUUUCCGUUUAUUCUAAUUCAAGGAUUUAAAAAAAAAAAAAAUACUAAAUGGAGUGUUUUUGUUCUGCUGAGAUGUCAAAAAUGUCUCAGUGUAAACACUUCUGAGAUAGUUUGUGCUCCACUCCUGGUCAUGAAACUGAAUAAUUGAUGCCUUGUUAUUAAUAAACCAGAAAUCAGGAUGCAGUGUGGGUGGUGCGACCCUGGUUGUGGUCAUGGUUGAUGGCAUCAUGUGACUCAGUAGACGGUCUGUGCUCUGAAUCCAGAUUCAUAACAAUCUACAUCGAGAGCUCAGUCGCAAGAGAAUGGGGAAAGAUGGGAGGUUUUCAAUGUAAAAGUCUCUUUGAAUCAACAUCGAAGAGGUGUGUGUGUGUGUGUGUGUGUGUGUGUGUGUGUGUGUGUGUGUGUGUGUGUGUGUGUGUGUGUGUGUGUGCAUCCCAGUUUGUGCUUGCUCUGCUGAAGAGGGGAAGAGGUGAGACAUUGUCAUAGUAACAGUGUCACGGUUUAUUGGUCCUGCGGUGGCAGUGAGAGAUGCUGGCUUUGUGUAAGCUGGUGUGGUUGAGUAAGGUGUGCAGUGAUGCUGUACAAAAUGUCUUAGGGACUACAGCUUCAAAAGUAACGCACUCAAGAAAUCAUUCUGGAUUGAGUCCAGUUUGCUGUCAUCCUGGUCCAAGAAGUUAGCCAAACUAAUGUUUAUUCAUCAUACCACCAUCCUGUCUCCUGCUGAUACUAACCUCUGUGGGAAGGCCACUUUGAUGAUGUUUCAAAAGCCUCAGCAGGGGAGUAUUGGCCACUAGCCACAGGAUGUGCCCCCCACACCAGUUUGGUUAGGGAUGUAGAGUAUAUUCUGUUCUUGAAAUUUAGCUGAAGAUUCUGGAGUUCAACAAAAAGUUAACAAGUAGCUAUUUUCAGACUGAAUCUAAAAACUAAUCAUUGUUUUCGUGAUUAUUUUCUUAAACAUGUUUAUUAGUUUUAGUUUUGUCUUGUACUUUUGAACUGCUAAAAACUGGUUGGGGAAAAAGAAAUCAUGGAACUUUGUGGUUAAAUAGUAAUACACCAGUAUAUUGUACACUUGCAGACGUGACGUGUCAUUGAUGUACAGAUGUCCAAGAGUGAUAUUUGCAGUCUAUGCAGUGACUGUAAAUGUUAAUUUGAUCUACAAGAACUGGAACCUGGGUGGGUACUUGUAGAAGUGUUUAUUUCAUGAUAAAGGAAAACAAAUUUGCAAUUAAUGAGAAGAAACUAACAGCAAGAAAGUGAUGAAACAGCGUAAAGAAAGCAAAUAAUAAUGAUAAUCUCCUCUUACCGAAAAAUGAAUCGGUCGACGUUUCCCAUGCAGAGUAUCACAUGAGGCAGGCAGGAUUGUGUCAUAGUUGGAGUGUCGGCCUUAUUGUUAUGGCCAUAUCUCAUCCAACACCCAGUCCGGAUGUUCAGCAUUAAUCAGCCUUUUAAAAUAUGUUGAAAAUUUUAACCUGCAGUGCAAAGCUUAGUCGUCUCUGUUACAGCUGUUGCUUCCUCUUCAGUUCUGGUAAACCAAUCACUGCUGGUGAAUGUAAAAUGCAGCCCUGCUGGUAGGACUGUCACCACAGAGAUGAGAAUCAAAACACAGGUAUACUGCAAAAUAUAAAGAGGAUUUAUCUGGUACUCAUCAGCUUAAGCUGGAUUCAUAGUCCUGCAUUUGUGUCUAUUUGUGCCGCUAAGCAGAGAGAAUUCAGCCAAUGUACAGGCUACAAACACUUACUUGGUAUUUCCAGGAAGCUUGGAAAAAAAACCCAGUAACCACAACGAGCACUGAUCUGAAGUACAAACAGUGCCUCCAGUGGAGUGUGAUCUGUUAGUUGCUUUUUGUCUCUUAUCACUUGUUUAUUCUAAGAUACAUGACCAACAAGAGCAGCCUACAUUACUGGGUAAUAGACGGCUAAAACAUGUAGAUGUGUGUUUGCUAAGUAGCACCUACUAAUGCACUAUGCCACAGCGAUGCCGCUAAUGAGCGUUGUGUUCACUGAUUUGGCAAGAGCUGGUUCAUUUCUAUGUAACGGACCUUCACUCAGGUGUUCCAGAAACCCUGCAUGUGGUGCUCAUUAGAUCAUUUUUAUCACUGACCUCCUUUUUCCCCCCCCUUUAAUAAAUUACCAUAUUUGACCAUUAUAAAUCUUAGUUUGCCCAGACUUGUCAUGCUACCUCUCAUCCAGGCUUUCUUAUAUAGGUCACUUGUCUAAUACGAUAUACAAUAGGCUGGUGAAUUCUGACCCAGCCUCAGAUGUGCUUUACAUGUCCCCACACACAAGCCACUUCAGAGCCAUCUAAAAUAAGUAUCCAAGAAUGGAACAAUAUUUAAUGACGAUAAAUGGAAAUACUUUAGUUUGGUGCAGAUUUAAGCCACGCUCAUGUGAGACUAUAUGCAGAAAUGAAGCCGAUCUUAUGCCUUGCUCUCUUCGUGCGCAGUGGAAGUUGCUGAUGGAAGCAGUAGAUGCAAUAUUUCUGACUUGGGCACCUCAUUAUCAAGCCGAACAGAGUUUCCCUUCCUUCCUCUAGGCAUAAUGUUUGCAGUGUGACAGCACGCUCAUUUAUCCCCUCCGUCUGCCACUCUAGUGUCCAGCUCAUGCCUCGUCAACACUUUGCACUCCCUUCUGCUCUCGGCUUGUCCUCCAAGACCUGUUCUCAACUCAUUCAUGCUAAGAAGUGCAUGAAGUAUGCUUGACAUGCCCCUGAGGGAACUAUGUUUUUUGAUUCCUUAUUUUAAAAAGAGCAAUCAGGGUUUCAACAUUGUCAUAAGUGUAAGGGUGUGUCUCCCAUGUCAGUUUUGAGAAAUUUGAGGAGGAGGGAUUGGGGACAGAGCCGGGGUGUCUUAUUUUGAUAGUUUCCCUUUUUUUUUUUUUUUUUUUUUUUAAAUAUUCUGUAGCUGUAUUUGAAAGGUGGUGUAUUUUAACAAGUGCAAUACGAAAAUGAAAAAGGUAGAAAACACCCUGUGCAAAGAAUUACAUUCCAUGGCUAGAAGCCAUUUAGGCAUCCAUCUCAUUACAAGACUCCAAAGCCUGUAAUCCAUUACUGUAGCCUGCCUUCAUAUUAUUGGUGCUCUGUGUUAUAUGCAAAAACAAAGGGCUUUUGACUAAUAAAGAAAAAUACCAAAGCUGGAACAAAUGGCUACUUUUUUGUGAUUAACUGUUUUAUUUAUUUAUUUGAGCAAAAUAUAGAACAGAAAUCAGCAUUUCUCAGCAAAACUCUCCUUCUUCCUCAAACUCCCAAACAAGUCACCAGUGUUCUUUAAUUAUCCUUGGCUACAAUUAUACUUAAUUUUAAUUGUUCCAUAACUCAUAAUAAACCUAAAAACAUUAAAAUUGAGUCCAGCUGCAAAUGACUGCUUCAUUUUUUUUAAUAACUUCUUUUUUCAGUAUAACAGCAGAAAUAUUGUUUAAAUAAUUUUAUCAGAAGCACCCAGAAAACGACGCUUUAGUUCACGUGUGUGAGAUCUGUGAGCUGUCUGAAUGCACAGAAGCUAGCAGGAAUUCAAUCGGUGACACUGGCAUGCACUGAGGAUGGGCAGCCCUUUGGCGCACUAGCUGCAACAGCUGCUCAGCCCACCCCUCCACCACCAUCACCCACCACUACUACUACUACCACUUCCAGAGGCCAGGCUGACGUAACCUCUGCUUCACCCUGCUGCCAGUGAGCGUGUCACGUGACUGCGGUGGCUAGUCAAACCGUGUUACCGUCUCCCAGCUGCAGGUUGUGAGAACCAUAACAUCCUGCCCUUCUCUCUGUCACUUGGGGUCUUUCUCCCUCGUCUCAGAAUAUUCAGCAGCGUGAUAACACAAUGGGGUGUAAUCUCCAGAUGUUUUUGGUUAAACCACGAUUUGUCAAUCAGCAGCGUAAUCUCUUCUUUGACGUGCUCUGUGGUCAAACUCAGGAUGCAGCUCCACACACCGUAAAGACAGAAGACUGCCCAGGAAGUCUUAGCUUUGCUUUAUGAAUUCUAAUCUUUCCCAGCGCGGCUGCAAGCCUUUGGUGUCAUUUUGGGUAAUAGCCUUCUGAGAUCUAUCUUGUUAGUGCGUGAUUGUCUGACCGCUCAUGUGGCCUGUGGUAGUGCAGAGGAGAUAAUGCUGAUCCCAAUCUUUAUAAAGCUGAAUUCAAUGCUGAAAGUCCUUCUUAUAUAACAAUAUAAAAGUGUUUCAUCAGAAAUUGCAAAUUAACUCUGUACAAUAGCGUUUUUGAAUGGGAUUUGUUUGCUACAGGGCAAGCAGUCUGCUGAAAUUAGUUUCAAACUGGGCUCCAUAUUUCAGCUCUCCAACUGUCAUGUCUUCACUCUUUCAAUUUCUUUUGUCUCACAUGCAGAUUUUAAUGCAAAAGCAUUUCAAAUAGUUUUUUCUAGUUAUGCUUUGUAUAUAUGCGUGUUCCUCUGACGGCCUAUGAAUAAACGAGUUCAGCUGAACAAUGUAACAAAAUAUUACACAAGACCCUGCAGUGUCUGCCCUGUAAAUGCACUCCACAUAAAUCAUAAUGUUAAUGAGAAAUGGAGUCUGUAAGAUUUGUGUGCAUGUUGCAUUUGUGCAAAUGCGGCGAGCAACAAGACACAGGUUCAAUUCCCGAUUGGCUGGCUCAUUUUGCUGAUAUAAAAUGCUUAAAAAUAGCCAUAUAAAUAAAUUGUAUACUCCUACUAUACAACUAGUGGGAUAAACUAUAAGUGCUUCCAUUAUAAGCUAAAACGGCAAUACAAAGCAAAGCGGUCGAGGUGUUUGGGAGUAAGUGGAGGUUUUUAGUGGAAGGCCUCUGUGUGGAUAACAUGCACCAGUGCUGCCACUGAAGGAGCCAAGGGUCACUGUCCUAUUGCUGUGUGUUUCCUAACAGUGAGUCAGACGGCUGGUCAGCCAUGUUUAAUGCGAUCAGAUGCUGGGUGACACAUUGCUACAGUGCCCUGACCACCACUUUGGCAAGGGAGACAUUUGGUGUUAACAUGCUCAUAAGCACUGAAGUCAUGGUAUGUGUCCACUGUCCGAGUCAUUUUUCAGCACUAUUAUUAAAUAUCAUGAGAGAAGAGUAAAAAGGGUGUUUCGGUAUUAUCUAAAAGGUUCCUUUGCCUGAUUUUACAGGCAGCUUUUGCAUGGUUUGAGUUUAGAAUUGUACCUAAGGGGCUUCCUUAAAAGUUAAGGCACCUUUAUUGCAUGUCACACCUCUGCCUCUCCCAGGAAGGAAAAGCCACAUUGCCAAAAAAAUAUAAAAAAAAGUCCUUGUAUGCCAGAUUUACUUGGAUUACUAUGGAGGCAGCAGACCUGCAUGUUUGAGGAAGUGAAUCAUGCUGAUAUAAUCACAGUGUGUGUGUGUGUGUGUGUGUGUGUGUGUGUGUGUGUGUGCCCGCUGAAGUCAUCGAAAUGCUGAGAGUAAAUCUGUUUAAAAAGCUGUGACAAAUGCUCGAUGGUGCGUCACAGAUGAAAGACAACGUGCUCUUUUCAAGCGGGGUUCGGACCGUUUCUGUGUCAGUGUGCUUGUGUCGGUACACGUGCAUUUGUUUGGAGCCAAAGACGAGCGCACAACUGUACAAACUGAAAAUGAUGAAACCACCCAGGCAGAGAAAACUGGGGUCGGUUUAAUUUAGCUGCCAGAGAAAGGUUUUGUUUUUUUCUUAAGCCUCUUUUACAUUUGUUUUGUUCAGCUCAGUUCAUCCAAGAAAAGCCUUUUUUUGUUAUUGUUGUUGUUGUUAGCCUGCAUUUGUGUCCCUUCUCUUGAUAGGCAGGUGUCGUUUUGUUCCUCUAGACUCCACCGACUCUCUCUCCCUGCUCAAGCCGUGACCUGCUUUGCCAGUGUAGUACAAUACUCGCUCUCCCAACAAAGAAGGAGAUACCUGCUGAUCCCAUCUGGCGUCAGGUUUUAGAGAAAGCGGUAAAUAGGCAAGUCACACCCGUCUAAAACUGCCCUGUUGCCCUGCGUGACGGCAUGUCUUCGGUGGCACAGCUGGCGUCUUCCUCUGGGAGUCACCCAAACUGGCAUCAUGCAUGUCCAUGUGGGGACUUCUCAUGCCAGCUGUCAGCCCUUUUGUAGGUGGCUCUGUUAGUCUGGAAUGACUGACUCUCUGAAUAUGCGGUUCUGCAAUAGCUGGCAUUUUCUACCACACCCCAUCUGUAUCUAAUAUUUAAGAGAGCCACAGAGCUGCAGAUAAAUAAAUUGUCUUUCCAUGUUUGCAGAAAAUCACAAAAUUGGAAUUCUGCUAACACCCUAUUGUGAAAGAAAGCACAGCAGGGUCUGCUCUGAUUUACUAUAUGCAUGUUGUCAUUAUGUGUUUUGACUUGAUCAUGCAGGAUUUCAGGGAUUGCCCCCUGGUGGUUGCUCGUGGUAGAGAUAACAUGCUGGAAGCUCUCAUGUCUAUUGAUUGCAUUCCUGCUUUUGACUGGUUAGAAUCAAUUAGCACUAGUGACUGAGUUUAUCUGGUCAAUACUCCUGUUUCUUCUGUGUUUUAUCUACUUAUUUAUUAGCAUGUUUCCUGCAGUACAAGCUCAGUCGUGUUUUUGUGCAUGUCAAUAUAAAGGACAUCAUUCUAAUACUGGCUAAACUUAAGGAGUCCUUCCAACAUUAAAAUAUCAUCACUGCAUUUUUUUUUUUUUUUUUUUUUUAGCACCAGAACAGUUUGUCGAUACAUUGAUCAGCUGAUCAAAAGGAAAGUCAUCAAAAAAAAAUGCAAUUUUGGGGUUUUAUUUUCUUCUCUGAGGAUUUGCUGCAAUAGAAGUAUAGUUGAGUUUUCUGGACCCUGUUUUGGGGUUUUUGUCAAGCCGACCUGGACUUGUGGGGAGAAAAAGAAUCUGAUCGGCAGGGCAGACCAAAUGUUAUUGUUAAUAUCACAGUGAUCCUUUGAGUGUAUUUUUACUUUUCACUAUGCAAUGUGGGUUGUUGCUUUUUUGUGCUUUGGUGAGAAGCAACAACAAAGAAGCUUUAUACAUGCCUGACCCUUUGUAGCUCUUCAGUGUCGGUGCAUUCUGACCUCUUGUCAAACCGGCCCAUGUCUCUGCUAAUUCCCCACCCGCCUAUGUAUCCCUGCCCCUCUGUUAGCACCCUGCUGCCCCUGGCACUCAGUGCCACACAGACACCUGUCCUCAUUAGUCCAUGCAUGCGUGCCAGUCCCCGCCCCCUCACCCCAAUCAAGC